UCCCUAGCUCCCAGCGCAUGCUGGGAGUUGUAGUCCCUUUCCUAAGGGCCAGGGGAGGCCGUGAGGUCUUCGGUGGUCGCCGGGAGCCACUAGCACGUGGCGGGAAGGGGCGGCGCGUGCCAGCCGUGUGCUCCCGGGAGCUGCAGGAGCCGCCCGCCCUCGCGCCGCCGUCGCUGCGCUCUCCCGACAUGCCCGAGGAGGCGGGCUUCCCUUCAGCUAAGAGAUUCCGGCAGGGCUCUGGGCCCCCGAGCCACGCCGGGUCCUACCCUCCCGCGAGGCGAGUGGUCAUGCUGCUGGGUGCAGGCGGCGGCGGCGGCGGAGGCGGCCGGCGGCGGCAGCCGCCCCUGGCCCAGCCCUCAGCCAGCCCCUACCCCGAGGCUGUGGAGCUGCAGCGCCGGAGCCUGCCCAUCUUCCAGGCGCGCGGGCAGCUGUUGGCCCAGCUCCGAAACCUGGACAGCGCCAUCCUCAUCGGGGAAACUGGCUCCGGGAAGACCACUCAGAUCCCUCAGUACCUCUAUGAAGGGGGGAUUAGCCGCCAGGGCAUCAUUGCUGUGACCCAGCCUCGGCGAGUGGCUGCCAUCUCUCUUGCUACUAGAGUCUCAGAUGAGAAGAGAACUGAACUUGGGAAGCUGGUUGGUUACACAGUGCGCUUCGAUGAUGUCACCUCAGAAGACACCAGGAUCAAGUUCCUGACAGAUGGCAUGCUUCUGCGGGAAGCGAUUUCAGACUCUCUGCUUCGGAAGUACAGCUGUGUCAUUUUGGAUGAAGCCCACGAAAGGACUGUCCACACAGAUGUGCUCUUCGGAGUGGUGAAGGCUGCACAGAGGAGGCGAAAGGAGCUGGGGAAGCUGCCUCUUAAAGUGAUUGUGAUGUCGGCUACGAUGGACGUGGACCUGUUCUCGCAGUAUUUCAAUGGAGCCCCUGUCCUCUACCUGGAGGGUCGGCAGCAUCCGAUCCAGGUUUUCUACACCAAGCAACCUCAGCAGGAUUACCUGCACGCCGCCCUUGUCUCCGUCUUCCAGAUUCACCAGGAAGCACCUUCUUCUCAGGACAUCCUGGUGUUCCUCACUGGUCAGGAGGAAAUUGAAGCAAUGAGCAAGACCUGUCGAGACAUUGCAAAGCACCUCCCAGACGGCUGCCCCUCCAUGUUGGUCCUUCCUCUGUACGCCUCCCUGCCCUAUGCCCAACAGCUCCGUGUCUUCCAGGGGGCCCCAAAGGGUUAUCGCAAAGUGAUCAUUUCAACCAACAUCGCUGAAACCUCCAUAACCAUUACAGGAAUAAAAUAUGUAGUUGACACGGGCAUGGUUAAAGCAAAGAAGUAUAACCCUGACAGUGGCCUGGAGGUGUUAGCUGUGCAGCGGGUGUCAAAGACCCAGGCCUGGCAACGCACAGGACGAGCUGGCAGAGAGGACAGUGGCAUCUGUUACCGGCUCUACACGGAGGAUGAGUUUGAGAAGUUUGAGAAGAUGACUGUGCCAGAGAUCCAAAGGUGUAACCUGGCGAGCGUGAUGCUGCAGCUCCUGGCAAUGAAAGUCCCCAACGUGCUCACCUUCGACUUCAUGUCCAAGCCAUCUCCAGAUCACGUUCAGGCGGCCAUUGCCCAGCUGGACCUGUUAGGUGCUCUUGAACACAAGGAUGGCCAGCUUACCCUGACUCCAAUGGGAAGAAAGAUGGCAGCAUUUCCCUUAGAACCCAAAUUUGCCAAAACCAUCCUCCUAUCCCCCAAAUUCCACUGUACGGAGGAGAUCCUGACCAUUGUCUCCCUGCUGUCCGUGGACAGCGUUCUCUACAACCCACCCUCCCGGCGGGACGAGGUGCAGGGCGUCCGGAAGAAGUUCAUAUCCAGCGAGGGUGACCACGUCACCCUGCUCAACAUCUACCGGACCUUCAGAAACAUAGGCGGGAAUAAGGAUUGGUGCAAAGAGAAUUUUGUCAACAGCAAGAAUAUGAUGCUCGUAGCUGAAGUCAGAGCACAGCUGAGAGAUAUCUGCUUAAAGAUGUCAAUGCCGAUCAUGUCAUCCCGCGGAGACAUGGAGACUGUCCGCCGCUGCCUGGCUCACAGCCUCUUCAUGAGCACGGCUGAGCUUCAGCCAGAUGGUACCUACGCCACCACGGACACUCACCAGCCGGUGGCCAUCCACCCCUCUUCUGUCCUCUUCCACUGCAAGCCAGCCUGCGUCGUGUACACUGAGCUGCUCCAUACCAACAAGUGCUACAUGCGAGACCUCUGCGUGGUGGAUGCCGAGUGGCUGUACGAGGCCGCCCCGGAGUACUUCCGGAGGAAGCUGAGAACCGCCAGAAACUGAGCCACCGCUGCCUGGCAGCUGGGACCACAGCCGUCCUCAGAGCAGACUUCAGCCUGGCACCUACAGAGCCGCAGGUUUUAAUAUAGUGGAACGUGCCUCACUUCCUGGAGCUCGCAAGUGUCUUUCUUUAAACAAAGACAGCCAUGUAGAUGUGCACCUACCAUUUAUUUAUUCCUUUGAAACAUCAAAAUUAUGCUUUUGGUUCUUGCUGGGUGACUGGGUGAUGUAGUUAACCUCUGAGCCUCAGUGUCCUCAUGUGCCACAGGCAGUGAUAAUACUUAUGGGCUUGGGGUCGUGAGGUUUAGAGAAAAUGAAAGUACCCAGAGCUGUGUAGCCCACGGUGAUACAAUGAAUUGUUGCCUUGCUGUUACUGCUUUUUAAUGUGAAUGGAGUACAACCAAAUCCUGAGAUCUCCAGACUAAGUGUUCCAGAAGGGGACCAUGGGAGGUCAGAGCUCAGAUGUCGUCCUUGGAUCUAUUUUAAUGUCUGUCUGUACGAAGUUUUUGAAUAGAAAACAUAAGAGGGUGACAUCUAUAGAAGCUUCCAGAGAGAGGUGUGGUUGUCUCUUACCUCCUGGGCUGGCCGCCCCCGCUGAACCCCCUCCCCAGGGUGUGGAUGCUUGCUGCCUCCAAGCAGAGGACAGCAAGCGAGCACCUGCAGGUGGCUGAGCUGUGUGUCUUCGUCCCUGGUGCUUCUCUGGCAGUAUCCUCUCCUGACCGUGCAGGAGAUGUGGAGGUUUCCUGGGUGGAGGUUGAUUUGUAUCUUCUGAAUCAUGUUGGGUAUAAAUGUGGAAAACUGAUCUUGGAGGGUGAUGGCCUCUAGCAUACCCAGUGGUAUGGGCCCAUAAAUAUGUGAGCAUAAGAAAUGACUGUGCUACAUUUCAUCCGUUUCUCUUUUGGCAGGGCCCCAGAUCGGGGGGAGCUGUUGGGGUGGUGGGGAGAGACAAGUGUUCCGAGAACCAGACAGCAUCAGCUCCUCCAUCCACCACGUCCGGUGUUUAUAUUUCAGCACCUUGUUUAUUUU